AUGGGUAAUACGUGUACAUCAGCAAAAGCCGAGCCAACAAUUAAACCAAUUACUGAACCACCUAAUGCAACAAGAACAAAAUCAUCAUCUGAAGGAAAUCCAACGAUAUCAAUAAUUGUAUCUGAAGAACAAUCACCAAUAUCAACAAGUGCAUCUGAAGAAAAUCCAACAGUAUCAAAACUUGUACCUGAUGAAAUUCGGUCACGAUCAUCAACAAAUGCAACAUCUAUUGAUCUUCAUCAAUCAGAAAAUGUUCUAAAGAUUGAUGAAGAAGAUAAAGAAGAGGAAACUACUCGUGUUGAAACAUGA